AUGGCUGACAUGCUGACCCUCCUCACGUCUCUAGACACGUGCGUCAUCACUUCUAUAUUCCGAAAGCGGUGGAAUCACGCCGGAAGCAUUACGCCGGCAGUCGACCUAUUCCACCUCUACCGCCAGCAUCGGCCGUCACUGCUGGCUAUCUUGCUCGACGCCGCCAGUCAUCGUGCAAAGCUAUGCGGCCUGCCAUAUCCGAGCGAGUAUGAAAACCGCGUCAUCCGCCAGAUCCUACCAAAUGCAUCGUCCCCCGAUCGUGGGAUUGUCCUGGCGACAAGCGUCCUAGCGACAGUCAGUCGACUGAAUGCGAAGCAAGCCGAUUCGCUGCACUGGACCGCGCUACAACGCAUGAUCGAACUCAUAGGCGGCCUCUCAGCGCUGAGGUUCGAACCGCUGCUGUUCACCAAGAUGGUUUGGAUGCUACUCGCGCUGGGCGGCUCGACACCCGGCUUUGAUCACGCCCACCACCCCGAACAAGCGUCCCUGCACGAGGAAGAUGCGUUGGCUGAAAACCCUGUCCUCCUCGCACUCUGUCCAGGGAGGCCCCUCGGAAGCUUACUGCGAGGGUUCUCCCCACGCAAUGUCCUCGGCGAUGAACGCGGCAAAGAAACCCAUCAUCAGCUUCCUGGGGUACAAGACAGUUGCCGCAUGGCCAUCAUCCUCUUCUUGAGCUCAGCAGCCGAGCACUAUGGCCAAGACUCGGACGAGGCGAGAUCAUACCUAGCCAGCCUCCAAACUCACCUGGAAGGCCGGUCGGACGACUCAUACCUAGCUCCUGCACACCUUCUUUGGGCCAUGCUGCGCUUGAGCUUCUUGAACAAGGCGAAGGAGAAGUGCAUAGAGAAUUGGAUUUCAGUGGUGCGCAUGACCUCGGCAUGGAAGGGACUCGACGCUGCUGAACGGGAACAGUUACGUGCCGAUUUCCUGGCGGGCAUGACCUACAGUAAUGCAGAGCAUGACAACAAGCCACACACAGAGACCGCAUCGUCGACGCAGCCACAUAGACCGGAUCCGGCUGUGAGGCUUGCGCCCGAGGACAUUCAUUGCGAACUCAUGUGGUUUACCAUGGCCACCGAAGAAGUGUGA